AUGUUGGCUGAAGCUGCAGAGGCGGAACAGAGCAUUCGUCACACCCGUCCGAACUUCGCCAAUCGUGAAACAACAAUGACUGCUCUGCGGACCCCAUAUGGAGCAGCUUUAGCAUAUCAUUCCAAAGGUCCUCCCUUCCAAAGUCCGACAUGCCAUCAUACUUCACCCGGUCCCGACAGAGUCAAGCCUGAACAUCUGAAGUACCUGCCGUUAGUCCUCAUCAACACAUUGGCGAGGCUCUCUACUCGUUAUCAGUCAGAAUCCAAAAUUCCUAAGCAAUGGAAAACCAGUAAGAUCGUGCUAUUGUAUAGGAAGGGUGGCUCAAAAGACAUCGACAACUAUAGCCCAAUCUGUUUACUGUCUGUCAUCUACAAGCUCUUCACAAGGAUAAUCCUAAACAGGAUAGAGGGAACAUUACAUGAAAGAUAG